UCGUUGACUAGAGUUGCCCUCCAAUAAAUCUCCGUGUUCGAUUCGUUUGGGGGUUCUCACGCCAGUAUACGAGCGGGCGGUUCGUAACGUUUGACGGCGACCAUGGGCUGAAACACCCCGGAGCCUUGUUACAACGAGAAAUACAAACCAUGGAAAUUGGACAAUACUUUUAACUGGACUGGAUUUACAGCCAACAUUAUCACAAGUCUACAGGCCACCAUUCAAGGACGAACUACGACUACGAACGAGAUGACUUUUGGCCCUUUGACAUGGAGGUGUCGCCGGGCUGCUACGUGGGCCCGCCCCGGGCCUGUCGGCACAAAGACACAUCUCGCCGUAGUGGCUCUUCUCGUCAUUUUAUCUUUUGUUGCUGCCCAGGAAGUUGUGGAUGGAACGACGAAUAUCAUUCAGUCCGAGAAACAACUAAAUCACGAGCUGUCCCAAGAUGUCCAGCGUACGAAAGAACCAUUACAGUCGUCGGACAUCAGCGUGUCAUCGUCAACAGGAUGCCUGACUGACGAAGCGGCAGACGGUACAGGGAUUCCCGAGGUAGGCGGUAACAUCGGAGAGGACUUGGGCUGCAAGAACGCCGAAAGGAACUCAGCAGCAAGACUGGACACACAGGUUGACUUAAUCGAAGUUUGGACGACUGAAGAAGAUUCUGACCCUUGUUUAGACCAACCUUGUGGAGAGGGUUCCUGUGAGAGACUUGAAUCCGGCUUUCGCUGUAUUUGUUCCCCGCCAUGGAAAGGCCCCCUGUGUCAAGAGCAUCUGAGCUUCUGCGAAAGCUGGCCAUGUCUUCAUCACGGGACGUGCGAGGAAGCGCAGACUGGCUACAAAUGCCUCUGCGCCGACGGAUACAUUGGAACCAACUGCGAAACCGACACCACGAAUUGCGAUUCCAACCCAUGUCUUCACGGUGCCAUGUGCAUUGAUGGCUCGAUGAGUUACACCUGCAUUUGCACAAUGGGUUACCGGGGAACGCGUUGCCAGAUCAACAGUGACGACUGUUCUCCGGAACGGUGCCAGAACAACGGUACGUGUGUGGACUUAGUGGCUGAUUACGCAUGUAUUUGCCCUACGGGAUUCUAUGGGAAGUACUGUGAAUACAGCGUUGAUGAAUGCGAGAGUGAACCGUGUCAGCACGGAGCGGAGUGCACAGACUUGAGUGGAGACUACAGAUGUGAUUGCAAGCCAAGGUACACAGGGAAGAAUUGUCAGAUCCUAAGGAUCAACGCCUGCAAGUCAGACCCAUGUGAGAACGGCGGGACUUGUAUUGACCACAAGCAGAGGUUCACCUGUAAGUGCGUCGACGGAUACAAUGGCGACAGGUGUCAAUUUGACAUUGAUGAGUGUCAACAGAGGUUAAAGGGGAGGCGACGACCUCGUUCUAACGGACCAUGUAACAACGGAGGGAGAUGUGAGGACCUGAUCGGUGGCUACCAGUGCCAUUGCAUGGCUGGUUUCAAAGGGAAACACUGCAGCACCAAGAUUAACGAAUGCGAAAGCUCUCCAUGCCAGUAUGGCGUCUGUGAGGACCGUCAUAACGGUUAUAGAUGCGUCUGCCUCUUAGGGUUCAGCGGUACCCACUGUGAGUUUAACACAAACGAAUGUAACAGCGACCCCUGCAUGAAUAAUGCAACAUGCAUUGACCUCCUCAGCAGCUACUUCUGCGCAUGUCCGCCAGACUACGGCGGGAACCACUGCGAGACUCUAAUCAACCACUGCAAGUCGGACCCUUGCCAGAACGGCGCAGUGUGUCAAAACACCGGACUGGAUUUCAUCUGCAAGUGCCCAGUCGGUUUCACGGGAAAAACAUGCGGUAUGGAGAUUGACGAAUGCGUGUCUGAGCCGUGCCAGAACGGCGCAACAUGCGUAGACACUAUCGGAGGAUACUCAUGCUUUUGUCUCCUCGGUUUCCAAGGAUUCCACUGCGAGAUUUUGGUAGACGACUGUGAGAUGAGUCCCUGUUUGAACAACGGCACGUGCCUUGAUGGAAUUGGGACUUUCUACUGUGCAUGCGCACCGGGGUACUACGGCGUUAUCUGUGAGCAUGACAUCAACGAAUGCUGGUCAGAACCGUGCCAGAACUUUGGCGGCUGCCUCGAUCUCGUAGAUGACUAUACAUGUGUGUGCGCGCCGGGUUAUACGGGCAGACAGUGCCAGAUUGAUGUACAGGAAUGCGUCUCAUCACCGUGUCUAAACGGUGGAGAGUGUCUCGAUCUUGUUGCAUCGUACAGGUGUGAAUGCCCUGUCGGAUAUUCUGGGCCAAACUGUGAGACUAACGUCGACGAGUGUGCAAGCCAGCCGUGCUUCAAUGGAGCGACAUGCAUGGAUGGCAUCGGCAGUUUCCAGUGCUUCUGUCUGGAUGGUUACAGCGGGGCCUUUUGCGAGAUCAACAUCGAUGACUGCGAGUCAAAUCCAUGUGAGAACGGCGGGGUCUGCUACGAUCAGGUGGCUGGAUUCUACUGCCGUUGCUCGCCAGGUUUUGUAGGGCACAGCUGUGGUAGUGAGACGGAUGAGUGUGCAGGGGACCCAUGUAUGCAUGACUCGGUGUGCCUGGAUAUGGUGGAUGAUUUUAUAUGCCUGUGUGAGGCUGGGUUUACUGGUGUGUAUUGUGAGGAGAACAUCAAUGAUUGUGAGGUCCAGCCUUGCCUACAUGGAACGUGUCUGGAUGGUGUUAACAAGUACUUCUGCUCCUGUCAAGACGGUUACAGUGGCCAAGAUUGCGAAACCGAAAUAAAUGAAUGUGCCAGUUCUCCCUGCCAACAAAACGGUACAUGUGUCGAUCGGAUAGACAGCUUUGUUUGCCAGUGUUCUAUCGGAACCGAAGGGCGACUCUGUGAGCUUGAUGUAGACUACUGCCUCUCGGCCCCCUGCCUCCAUAAUGGAACAUGCCAAAAUGAGAAAACCUCGUUCAUCUGCGAUUGCGCAGAUGGAUUUACCGGAGCUCGAUGUGAGAGUAAUGUGGACGAGUGCCUUAGUUUGCCGUGUGAAAAUGGCGGACGGUGUGUCGACAGGGAUGGUUGGUACCAAUGCGUCUGUGCACCAGGCUACCUCGGGGUCAACUGUGAGGUCGAUAAUGAUGAAUGUGUGCAGAAUCCUUGCGUGCAUCCUAAUGCUACAUGUGUGGAUUUGCCGAAUGGAUUUGAGUGUGUGUGUCCACCAGGGUUUGAAGGGAAGACGUGUAGCGUGGGGAGGAAUGAAUGCGAGUCCGAGCCUUGUGCAAGAAAUGCAACUUGUAUAGAUGAAGAGGGACGAUUCUCAUGUCUAUGCCCGCCUGGGAUAUCCGGAACUCUAUGCGAUGUGAAUCUGUAUGAAUGCGAGAGCAAUCCAUGCCAAAAUGGCGGUCUGUGCGAAGACGAAAUUAACGGAUUUAAGUGCCGCUGCUUGCUUGGAUUUACAGGCACUCAUUGCGAAACUGACACCUCGGAAUGUUACAGUGAACCAUGUCUUAAUAACGGACUGUGCGUGGAUUUGGUCAAUGGGUACUUGUGUCAAUGUGCGGCGGGUUACCUCGGCCUGCACUGCCAAGUCGAAAAAGAUGAGUGUGUGUCCUCGCCUUGCAUGCACAAUGGUGAAUGCGUUGAUGAAGUUAAUGGGUUCAUAUGCGAAUGCACAGCCGGGUACGAGGGGGCACUUUGCCAGGACAAUGUGAACGAAUGCGAGAGCUCACCAUGUCUCAGUGAGGAGGGCGGAUCCCAAGGGAGUACCUGCACCGAUUUGGUGAAUGGUUACAGGUGCAUUUGCCCUCCAUUAAGAACCGGGGAACACUGUGAGAUCUGGAUUGACGCGUGCUGGAGCAACCCCUGUAUGAACUUCGCCACGUGUAUGGCUUCCUCGGAGGGAUUUAAAUGCGAGUGCCCACCAGGGGUGACUGGAUUUCUUUGCGAUGUUGAAUUGUACGAGUGCAGCAGUAGUCCUUGCUUGAAUGGCGCAGAGUGCGUGGAUCAAAUCGACGGGUUUUGGUGUCAAUGCCGAGCGGGGUACACAGGCGUACAAUGCGAAAACCACACGGAUGAAUGCAGCAGCAACCCGUGCCAGCACAAUGCAACGUGUCAGGAUUUAGAGGAUGCGUUUGCGUGCAUGUGUUUGGCGGGAUACACAGGGACGUUCUGCGAAGCAGAAGUAGAUGAGUGUGGCUCAAACCCGUGCAUGCAUGGCGGUACCUGCCAGGACCUGGUGGGAUGGUUUAUCUGUGAUUGUCCACCGGGGUUCAAUGGAACACUGUGUGAAGAUGAUAUAAAUGAGUGUGCAAGUUCACCUUGCGUCGGCGAUAGUGAAGAAAUACCAGGCAAUCGCAGUGUAUGUAUUGAUGGUGUGGGGAUGUACAAAUGCAUCUGCCCAGUGACAAGAACAGGCCACAGAUGUGAUGUAUGGAUAGACGCUUGCUUGAAUGAGCCGUGCGAGAACCAGGGUACUUGCUUUUCGAAAGAGGGUGAGUUUAUGUGUGCCUGUCGCUCUGGUUUCACAGGAACAACUUGUGAAACAAAUAUAGACGAUUGUGCCAGUGGGCCGUGCCAACAUGGUCAAUGCAUCGACGGGCUGGAGUCGUACCACUGCCGAUGCUCCGUCGGAUUUGCAGGAGAACACUGCGAGAAGAACAUCAAUGACUGUGAGCCCGUCAAUCCCUGUGAGAAUAAGGCCACCUGCCUGGACAUGAUCAGCGGGUACCUGUGUGUGUGCCAGCCAGGGUUCACCGGCAAGGGCUGUAAGGAAGUGAAGAACCCAUGUAAGCAUGAUCUGUGUGUGAAUGGGGGAACAUGCAUCAGUAAUGUCGGAGCCGGUGAUGACUUCUGGUGCCACUGCGAGGACGGUUGGGUCGGCAAAUUCUGUGAGAUACCAGAAGGCCCGUGCCACUCGCAACCUUGCCACAACUGUGGUCAGUGUGUACUGUUCGACGGCACUCACGAAAGAUUUGUGUGCCAGUGUGAGAAGGGCUUCACCGGAGAACUAUGUGAGAUUGACAUUGACUUUUGUGCGGGAAACCCGUGCUCGGAAGCUGGGACGUGUUUACGAGAGAGGGGAGGAUUCAAGUGUAUAUGUUUACCAGGUUAUGGAGGUAGGCAUUGUGAGGUCCAUCUCGAUGAACAGCCACAUAGAUGAAAGCAACCCAUCAAUGUCAUUAGAAAGUCUGCAAUCUAACAUUUCUGCUGCAUCAACCAACUUGCAACCUCACGCAACUUUCUCUACUCUUCGAGCAUCGAUCAAACAAACACUAUAAGUGUAGGAGCAGGAGACGGUGCCUUCUCGAAUGUGAACUCAGCCCCGUGGAACUCCUACCAGAUACAUGUAGCUGCAGAAAUGCAAACUCUCUUGAAUCAUUUAAGAAACUGUUGAAGACUCACUUGUUUCGUUCACAGUGAUUUUAUUUGUUUUCUGACAUCUUUGAUUUUGAUUUGUUCUAUGUUAGAGACAUCCAAGCGCUUUGCAUCCUAUGGAAAUGGCACUCUCAAAAUGGCAGCUUAUUAUUUAUUUUAUUUAAGCUAGACAGCUUUUCCAUGGCAGGCCGGACAGGACCCACGUUCCAGAGAGAGCACAAGCUCCGGGUGAAAGCUCUUAUAAAUAUUUCAGUUUCAAAUGGCUCUUCUACCAAGAGUUACAAUGUGCACUGGUGCUAUACACUUUAGACUUUGGCUUCUUCCAAUUUACAUCACAUGAUUACAAUAGUAUAGACCCUCACUUUUAAAAAAGUGUAAACAUGAAACUGCAUGAAAUUUAUACAAACGCAUAAAAUGAAUGACUCCAUACAACUAAGAGUCAAAAUAUGUCUUUUCCCCAGCUUGUUCCCCAUCCCCCCAAAAACCUGGUAGUGUUGGUUACUGGUCCAACGCUAUAAUUCUGGACUCUGGUCAGUGGUGUUUUGCGAUUUUCAAUCCCUGUGUAUAGAGCCUUUUAUUGAGAGAGUUGCGACAACUUGCGACGGAAAGUAAGACUAGACUGAUCAUUUGGUUGUGAUACAUUCGAACAGAAAAAUUGGCAUCCAACAACCACUUGAAUAUUAGGAAAACUGGUCCCUCCUUGUUGCAGCUUUCUCAAAACACAGCUUUGCCUGUGGUUAAAUCUUUUGUGAACAUUUUUGUAUUAAAUUAUUUUGGUUAAUUAUUUCUUAGAAUAUUAUGACAAAAUUUGUAUGCAUUUAUUUUCAUAUAAAGAGCUUUUAAGUUUCUUAAGAUUUUAUAAGUUUAUAAAAGUAAAAAAAUAUGUUUUCCAAAUUUCAGAAAGAAAUGAACAGGAGCAACUCAGCAGUAUUAUUAUAUGCCAAGUUAUCAGAUGUUAUUUGUGGACUAGUCUGCUUUUUUUUUUACAAAUCAUACCAGUUCUAAUAGUCAUGAAAAAUGUUUCCAAUUUGGCGGGAAGAUUUUCUUUUUAGAUUGGGAUUCGAACCAAAGGUAUGAGAUAAAGGGAAAAGGACUUAGUUAUGACUAUCCUUGUUAACCCCUUAGAAAACCUCAGGCUGGACUUAUCAAUCUCAUUUUUUAUUUUAAAGUCAAACAAAGCUCAAUAAAAUUAAAAUAAAUAAAAUGGC